CUUAUGCUCCAGUAUGCUUCUUUGUCUACGAUGCUUUGGCUGACGUUUACUGCCAGAAACAUCUGUAAUGAUGUGUCCAAAGACCCACUUAAGGCUCCAGGCUCAAACGGUCCUGUCCUGGCUGAAAGCAAAACAACGAUUCUCAGAUUCUACCUGAUAAGCAAUGGCAUACCGCUCCUAAUUGUCGGAAUCACGGCAGCCUUUGGAAUGGAAAAUUAUGGUAGCAGGGAUGAUGCACUGUAUUGCUGGAUGGCCUGGGAACCGAGCCUGGGAGGAUUCUAUGCGCCCGUGAGUCUUUUGGUCUUAAUCAUGUUGGUGUACUUUUUGUGCACUUACAUCCAGCUGAGACGCCAUCCCGAGAGGAAGUACGAGCUCCGAGUUCUGACGGAGGAGCAGCAGCAGUUGUCGUCCGCGGACCAGCAGUGCCACCCCGACGUCGGGGCAGCGUCCGGAUCUGCCGGCGAGUGCGCCGGAUUUAUUCCCGGUGUAUCCGAGCUUUCCAAUGAGCACUCGUUUAAAUCGCAGCUCUGGACCACCGUUUUCACCCUGUUAUUAUUUCUCUCAACGUGGGCAUUGGGAGCCAUGGCAGUGUCUCUCGGGCGUUUUUUGGACAUGAUCUUCAGCUGUCUAUACGGCGCAUUCUGCGUCACUCUCGGACUCUUUCUUCUCAUCCAGCACUGUGCCAAACGUGACGAUGUUUGGCACCGCUGGUGGGCUUGUUGCCCGGCCAAAUCCAAGCUUGCCGAGGGACACGGCAAGAGACAAAGCCAGAGGCAGGAGCUCCAUCAACCGCAGUGCCACCCGGACUCCUUAUGCUUGGCCAAAAAACCGCUUCUCUCGCCGCAACUUGUGCAGAGCUUGUACCAUCAAGAUGCAUCCCCGUCGCAAAAUCUCACCCCCCGUCACGCCGCUCCCUGCUGCGUGGCGGCGAUGACAUCCGCCGUAGCGACGCCGGUCUCCCCUUUUAGCGAGUCGGCGCCCUCACCGUCCCGUCCCCUGGCCUUUUCCGACGAGCUCCCUCGUCCAUCUGCGCCGCUGCAGAGCUGCCUUAUCGACAGAACCAAGUCCCGAUCUUUCAAUCACCCGCGCCCGUGUCUCCGCGACUACCGCUCUCACGUGGCAUCAAACAGCAUGGAUGGGAGCGUGGGUAGCUCCCAGCUCGAAAUCCCUCACACCGCAAACUACCUUGAGGGAUCACCGGUGUCCAACAGCCAGCACCCGGACCUGCAAAUUUCCUGCCCGAGCCCUCACUUGGAUCAGCAGCAGACAUCCUGUCAUAGUUUACAACACCAGACCUCUUGCCACAACAUACAAGACUCGCUCACGUCAAGCCACAGCCUCCUUCUACCUUCCCAUAGGAUAAGCGCUUGCCAGUGGCACUUGUACAGCUCAGCGGACCAGUUUGGGACCACCAGUUGCUCCGAGAUGCCGGAUUCUUGCAACUCGCUGUAUUCGCAAGAUUUCGAAUCACCCGGCUACAUGUUGAAGAUAGCAGAGAAGGAUAAGGAGAAACAAUGUGAAGAUGAAGAGCUCAAAUUUUUUCCGAGAAAUACUUUGCCUCGGCAACAUGUUACGAUCAAUCGGCGGGUGACGAUUGGCAGAAACCGAAGCCUGCAGGAAGAUAGUCUGUUUGCGUCAGACACGACAGGGAACAUACGGACGGGACCUUGGAAGAACGAAACCACUGUGUAGGGAUGCAGUUCGGGAGCCCUUGACACUCCGAUUGCCCUCGGCUUUAUGAAGCGAGUCAUCGACAAAAAAAAAAUAAAUUGAAAAAAAAAAAAUCAUACAAAAAUAAUUUUAAUUCAAAAUAUUUUCUGAAAAAAUAUGGACUUUACAGAAACAUUAAUUAAGAGUCUUGUUUCUUCCAGUUGUGAAGAGAUCUAGAAAGAUAGGACCACUGGUUUGAAAGAAAAAAAAAGAAUGGUCGUUAAAGAAGCAAACUACGCCAAUACAACAAAGUGGUCUCAAAACAGAGGAGGACAUUUGAGUCAUCAUUUAUCAUCCAGGCAAUACCACCCCCCCAAAAAAAAUUCCACCAUUCCAAGGGAAGAGUUGCCCUCACUGGUUUGCCACGAAGCAACCACAACAACAACAAUGCCAGUGUUGAUAUCAGCCACCAAAGAAUCAAUAAAAAGACUUCACAACGGAAAAAUCGGAACUGAUGAAACCUUUUGGAUGAAAGGUAAAAUGUCUUCAACAAACAAGAACAAGUCUGGCCGCCUCACUCUAUGUUUGCAUUGUAUCUUGACUUUCGUGACCGACAAACUGCAAUUGGAGUUUUCCUUUAACCCUUUGAGGGACACCGGUUAACACAGUGGACGGCUUCUCAGACUGUCAGGUUACAGGGUGCGUGGAAUGGUUUAAACUCUAGAUGUUUUUUUUCCAAUGUUUUUUUUAAGUGGUGGCAGCUGCAAUUUGUGAACUACGUGACUAAGUUAAGACAAGUUGUCCUGAUCGUGUUUAUGGAAGAGAAAUCAAAUCACUUACCCUCAGUCCACUGUAAAUAACGAAUUUGAGAUUUUUUUUUUUUGUUUUAGUUUCCUGUGCCAUAUGACAUGAAAACAAUCCGUGUCUUCAACGUCUUGACUUUUACAGUGGGAUGACUUGAAAUAUCGAGUCUAGAAACAUUUUGUUGUGGCACACGAUCUCUUCUGUGUUUCGUCCGUACGCAAAAAAUAAAAGGUCUCGUCAUCCACAGUAAUACCUCACUGGUCUGUUUUGAAUUUAGCGUCACGAUAGUAUAACACUCGAGACUGGUCCCGAGACCACAUUUUGAAAGCCCCAAAAAUCUGACUG